AUGUCCUCUACGAAACUUUUGAACGAAGCAAUCGAUAACGCAUCUGUCAAUCGACUAAGAGAUAUACUGAAAACUCUCUGCUCGAAGUCUGACGUCACCCACGCUUCGGUUUGUAACGAGCUUCUACUUGCCAAAACAGAGGAAACGAAUUCUACAUCUGCACGUGGAAAGCGAAAACGGGAUGGUCCAGAAUACUCCGGCCCCCGCUUUGCGACAUGCGGACGCUGUUUUUCGGAGUUCGAUGUGACUGAGAAUGGACCGGAGAGCUGUCAAUGGCAUGAUGGUAAAACCCACUCGUCAGCCAGUGUUGAGUUUUGGGCUGACACGGAAGAGGAGACUUUUGGACCAACGAACACGGAUGCCAAUAAAGAGGAGUUUCCCGAGGGAUUUAUUUGGAGUUGCUGUGAGGUUAGAGGGGAUGAGGGUGACGAGGGGUGCCAGCAAGGACCGCAUCGAGUGGGGCCGAACCUAGACAAAUCGAAGAAACUGAGGUUUGGUUGA